AGCCCGCGGGCUUGACGCGGGCGCGACGCAGGAGUGACGCGAGCGCGACCGCUCCCGAAGCGCUGGCGCUGUCUGUACUGCGCUCUGAGGCAGCAGGUUGCUUGCCAGGCCCGGGCCGCCCCCAGGCCUUCUCCGCCUGCCUCCUGGUGGCCGCCAUGGACGACUACUCGCUUCUGUCGGACACCGAGCUGGCCGCUGUGCUGCGCCAGUACAACAUCCCGCACGGGCCUGUCGUGGGCUCCACGCGCAAGCUCUACGAGAAGAAGAUCUUCGAGUACGAGAGCCAGCGGCGGAGGCUGUCGCCCCCGGACUCCUCCACCUCUUCCUACCGGUUCUCAGACUUCGAUUCGACAUCUUCGGGUUCAGAUAUGUAUGAUCUGCCCAAGAAGGAGGACGCCCUACUUUACCAGAGCAAGGGCUACAAUGAUGACUACUAUGAGGAGAGUUACCUGACCACCAGAACUUAUGGGGAGCCUGAGGCCAAGGGUUUCCGCCACUCAGCCACAUCCCUUUCUGAUCCGGACACCUUCCAUCACCAGGUGCGUGAGGACAGUGUCUUCUCUGAAGAGGAUGGCAAGGACAGGGAGCGUACCGUCUAUGGCCGGGACAGCACCUACCAGAGCAUCGCACACUACCGUCCUGCUUCCAGCGUCUCCAGGGGCUCCUUGGGUCUGUCCUACUACCCAGGGUCUCUCACCUCUUCUGGGUCCUCGGCCUCUGCCCAGCCUUCAUGGCUCACCCGCCGGGCUAUCCGGCCUGAAAAGUCGGCCUCUUCAGCAAUGGCAGCAGCCACCCAGGAGCGCCAGGUCCCACUCUGGGGCCAGCUGCUGCUCUUCCUGGUGUUCGCUGCCUUCCUGCUCUUCGUUUACUACUCGAUGCAGGCUGAGGAAGGCAGCCCCUUCUCGAUGGCCCCCUGAGUGUCCUUCUUGGAGCCCAGCUGCCGCCUUGCAGUAUACUGGGGGUGGGGGGUGUUGCUGUGUGUUCUAGUGUGGGGUGCUGGGCUCGCCCAGAGCAGUACCCACCCCACCUGCCCCUGCCCUUCUCCGGAGCCUCCCAGCCCCACUUGCCUCUGAGCCUUGGAACCAGGGCAAGACCUUGUCCUUCCGAGGGGAACAUGGUUGUUGUUCUGCAUGCCACCUCUUGUUCGUUGUCACCUGUCGUGGGAGUAAGCAAAGGGUGCCCUGACACUGUUUUCAUGGAUACACAAUAAAAGACCGUUUAUUUUUA